AUGCCGGAGUAUAGCCAAUUCAAGGUCAUCACGGUGAUCAACCUGGACGACUACGUGUAUGACGACGGCUCAUCUGAUGACGAUGAUGACGACGAACUCAAUCCCUGGGCCACGACUACGCAGACCGGGGCUGUCAACGGUGCCGGGCAGCAGGACGAGGACCUGACGGCGGUGUUCGACCAGAUCCUGGGUCAAUACGGGGGCGACCUGGGCCAGCUCUUCGGCGAUCAGGCCGCGGUGACCAGUGCCUUCUCCCGCCUCUCACGCGCGCACGCGCCCGCGGCGGAGGCCCACGUCGCGACAGCGGAGCUGCCCCAGUUUGCCGUGUUCGGGCCGCAGCGGGGGAGCGAGGAGGGGGAGACGGUGGUGGUGGUGGACCCCGCCGACAAGCCGCCGGCCAUCGACAGCCGGCGGGCCAGCGAUGCGCUCAUCCUGCCCCUCCAGGACUCUGCCAGGACCCAGGUGCCGCACAACCUGCAGGGCGACUCCACCCAGCUGGACGCCCGCUGGUGGGGCAUCGUGGCCGGCGUGGCGCUGUGCUGCCUGCUGGCAGCCCUGGUCUUCAUCAUGGGCUGGUCCAAGGCCCAGUCGCGGCGGCGUGCCGGGGGCGAGGGCGGGGACGACUACUCCCCGGUGGACUCCGCGCCGCUGCGGCCGGACGCGCGGCAGCUCAGCGGCAAGAGCGCAACCACCGACGACUGGGUGCAGGCCGUGCGGACCAAGGAGAGCAAGAUCGACCUGGUGCCGGGGCAGGCAGCCCGCAAGAACUACAUCCAGGAGCUGCGUAACUGCAGCUCCAAGGAGCAGGAGAAGGAGCGCGUGGAUAAGGAGCUGGGUAAGGUCAGGAAGAAGUACACCUCCGACAAGGCCAUGUCAGCCUACGACAAGCGGAAGUACAUGUGGAAGCUGCUCUACACUCAUAUGCUUGGCUACAAUGUCGAGUUCGGCCACAAGCAAGCCAUGGACUUGAUUGCGGCGCCAGGGUAUGCCGAGAAGCAGGUCGGCUACGUCGCCUGUGCGGUCUUCCUUAGCGAGCAAGACGAGUUUCUCCGCCUGGUGAUCAAUUCGGUCCGGAACGACCUCAUCUCGCGCAACGAAGCCUUCCAGUGCCUGGCCCUCGACUUCACAGCCAAUGUUGGGGGCGCCGAGUUUGCGCAGCUGCUCACCGUCGACGUCAUGGGCGUGCUGGCCAACGGCGCGACCCGGCCCGUGGUGCGCAAGAAGGCCGCGCUGUGCCUGCUGCGCCUCAUCCGCAAGGCCCCCCUGGACGCGGAGGUGCUGUCCCCCGGCGUCUGGGGCUCGCGCCUGGCGGGCAUGCUGGCCGACCCCGACGUCGGCGUGCUGCUGGGGCUGACCACGCUGCUGCUGGGCGUGGCGGCACGGUCCUACGUCGGCUACGAGGCCUGCGUCCCCCGCCUGAUCGCGGUCCUGGACCGCUGCAAGGCGCGGGAGGUCCCGCAGGACUACACCUACUACGGCUCCGAGCCGGUGAAGAAUGCCAACAACAAUAACGCGGUGCACGCCAUCGUGUUCGAGGCGGUGGCCCUGGCCAUCGGCCUGGAGGACGCCGACCUGCUGACCGCCGGCGCUGCGCUGCUGGCGCGCUUCCUGGCGGUGCGGGAGCCCAACCUGCGCUACCUGGCGCUGGAGAGCCUGGCGCGCCUGGCCGGCGUCCCGGCCGUGGCGGAGACCUUGGCCAGGCACGCGCGCACCGUGCGCGACUGCCUGGCCGACCCGGACGUGUCCAUCGCGCGGCGAGCCAUGGACCUGCUCUUCACCAUGGCCUCCCCCGCCACGGCCGCGGGGGUGGUGGAGACGCUGCUGGCGUUCUUACCGACGGCUGACUAUUCGCUGCGCGAGGAGCUGGUGCUCAAGACCGCUGUGCUGGCGGAGAGGUUCCUGCCCAACCUGGAGUGGUACGUGGACUCCAUGCUGACCCUGAUGGAGCAGGCGGGGGAGUUUGCCAUCAACGACCUGUGGCAGUCGGUGGUGCACCUGGUGACCAACUCCCCGGAGCUGCACGCCUACGCAGCGGGGCGGGUGCUGGAGGCGCUGCGCCGCGGCCAACCCCCCGAGACCUUCCUCAAGGUGGCCGCCCACGUGCUGGGCGAGUUUGGGCCCCUGCUCCCCGACACCACCCCCGGCGCGGAGUACGCGGCGCUGGCCGCCCACUUCCCCGCCGCCGGCCCCGAGACCAAGGCCAUCAUGCUGACCGCCUUCAGCAAGCUGGCCCUGGCGGCGCCGGAGGACGGCGACCUGCAGGCCGCCGUGCGUGCGCUGCUGGAGCGCCACGCGCGUGGCGUGGAUGCGGAGCUGCAGCAGCGAGCGGUGGAGUAUACGGGCCUGCUGGCCGGCGGCCCGGCCCUAGCCAAGGCCGCGGUGCAGCCGCUGCCGCGCUGGGAGGGGCGGGGCAGCCUCCUGCUGCGGCGUCUGGAGGCGUACGAGGUGGGGGGGGUGAUUGGGUUUCGGGGUAGUGUAGUGGUGUUCCUGCCCAACCUGGAGUGGUACGUGGACUCCAUGCUGACCCUGAUGGAGCAGGCGGGGGAGUUUGCCAUCAACGACCUGUGGCAGUCGGUGGUGCACCUGGUGACCAACUCCCCGGAGCUGCACGCCUACGCAGCGGGGCGGGUGCUGGAGGCGCUGCGCCGCGGCCAGCCCCCCGAGACCUUCCUCAAGGUGGCCGCCCACGUGCUGGGCGAGUUUGGGCCCCUGCUCCCCGACACCACCCCCGGCGCGGAGUACGCGGCGCUGGCCGCCCACUUCCCCGCCGCCGGCCCCGAGACCAAGGCCAUCAUGCUGACCGCCUUCAGCAAGCUGGCCCUGGCGGCGCCGGAGGACGGCGACCUGCAGGCCGCCGUGCGUGCGCUGCUGGAGCGCCACGCGCGUGGCGUGGAUGCGGAGCUGCAGCAGCGAGCGGCCUCGGGCAUCCUGUAUGAGGACGCCAACCUGCAGGCCGGGGUCAAGUCAGCCUUCUCGGGCGCGGCGGGCACCGUGACGGUCUUCCUGGGGAACAAGACCGGCGGCGCGCUGGCCGGCGUGGCGCUGGAGAUCGUGGGUGCGCCGCCGCACCUGACGGCGACCCUGCCGGCGCCGCCCCCGGCGAUGCUAGAGCCGCGGCGGCAGGUCCAGGUCCCCCUGGAGGUGGGCGCCGGCGCUCCGGGAUCCGCGCCCCUGCGCUUGCGCCUGGCCUAUCACACGGCCGACGGCGCGGCGGCGGACGUGCAGCUGGACCUGCCGCUGCCGCCCGCCAAGUUCAGCCAGCCAGUGGACGUGCCCACCGAGGUGUUUGCCGCGCGCUGGGAGCAGGUGGCCGGCCCGCCCUUCAAACUGAGCGCCGACGUGGCGCCGGCGAGCGGCGCGCUUUCCGAUGCCGCGGUGCAGCAGCUGCUCGCCUCGCUGCACCUCCGCGUGCUGGCCGGCGUGGCGGGGGUGCCGCCGGGGGCCACCGCCGCGGCCUGCGUGCUGCACGUGGGCGGCGGCGCCGCCCCCGCGCGCCAGAUCCCCUGCAUGGUGGUCGUGGCGGCGGGGGCGGGGCGGGUGACGGUGGCCACCGCCGACGGCGCGGCCUCGGCGGCGCUGCUCAGCCAGCUGACCUCCGUCCUGGGCUGGGGGGCCUGA